UAAUUCUAUAGCUGCCCCAGAUCACCAUUCCCUUUGCCUCAUCAGUCCGCUCAGAGUUUAGAGAGAGAAAUAUAGAAAGUUAGAGAGAGAAAUAGAGAAGCAAGAAUGCGGAGGUCCGGUGUUUUCUCGGUGCUGUGUGUGACUUUCUUCUUCUUCUUUAUCCUCAGCCACACGAUGUUUUCAUCUCCUGCCGUUGAUGCCGCUGCUGUUGUUUCUAGUGGGGACCACCACCAGCUGGGGUGGAUUCCGGCGACCUGCACGGGAUCGAUCGGCGAGUGCCUUGACGGCGGGGACGACGAGUUCGAGAUGGACUCGGAGAUCAACCGGCGCAUCCUAGCGACGAGGCGGUACAUAAGCUACGGUGCGCUGAGCAGGAACAGUGUCCCCUGCUCGCGACGCGGCGCCUCGUACUACAAUUGCCGACCGGGAGCUCAGGCCAACCCCUACACUCGCGGAUGCAGUGCCAUCACUCGCUGUCGCCGUUAAGUGCUUUUUGUUUAUUUAUUUAUUUUAUUUUCCAUUUUUAAUUUUUAAUUUUUAAUUUUUAUAAAUAAGCAAUAUUUUUACUUGUAAUUUUAAUUUUGUGGUUUGUUAUUGGGAAUCAUAUUUAAAUGGAGCAUACAUAAUGAUAAUA